AACAAACCCUUCCUCUUCCGUCCGCUCAACUAUAAAUAAUAAGCUCCUCAACCUGCGGAAUCAUAUUCUUCUGCUUUCUCUGAAUCUGAAAGACAUAGAGAACGCGAGAAAGAGGGAGAGAUGGGACAUGAAACCGAUCGAGGAGAGGCCGAGAUGGCCGUGGCGCCGAGGAAACCGAGGUUCCUCUGCCUCCACGGCUUCAGGACAAGCGGAGAGAUCCUCAGGACCCAGAUCAACAAGUGGCCUGAAUCCGUCCUCCAGAGGGUCGACCUCGUCUUCCCCGACGGCCCCUUCCCUGCCGAGGGCAAGUCCGAUGUCGAAGGGAUCUUCGACCCUCCCUACUACGAAUGGUUCCAAUUCAACAAGGAAUUCACAGAGUAUACGAAUUUCGAGGAGUGCCUCGAGUACAUAGAAGAUUGCAUCGUCAAGCACGGGCCCAUCGACGGGCUGCUGGGUUUCUCGCAGGGGGCGAUAUUGUCGGCGGCACUCCCAGGGCUGCAGGCGAAGGGAAUGGCACUGAAGAAGGUGCCAAAAAUAAAGUUCAUAAUAAUAAUAGGAGGUGCGAAGUUCAAGGGGCCGUCCGUGGCUGACCAUGCCUACUCUUCUCCCAUCUCUUGUCCUUCUCUGCACUUUUUGGGGGAGAACGAUUUCUUGAAGCCAUACGGGCUUGAACUCUUGGAAUCAUGCGUGGAACCGGUGGUGAUAAAUCACCCCAAAGGCCACACAAUUCCUAGAAUUGACGAAGAGAACUUGCCGAUCACGAUGAGUUUUCUAGACAUGAUUCAGAAGAUUUUGUCCGAUCGAGAAUGAGUUGCCUGCUGACCAUACUUCAAUUAGAUUGCGUGUGGAUGUACAACAAGUAUAUGCAUUGUUGAUUCACCGAAAAAUUCAUAUCAUUUGUUUUAGUUUAAGGUACUCGCUUAUCAAUGAUCGAUGUGUUAGUUUUUUCAAGAAGAAUCAUUUCAAUUAAGUACAAACGAAAUUAUUUUUC